AUGGCAUUCGACAAGGUUCAAGAGAACUACGUGCAGCCAGCCAUACCUCGCUUUGAUGGUCAUUAUGACCAUUGGGGCAUGUUGAUGGAGAAUUUUCUGAGAUCCAAUGAGUACUGGAGUGUCAUUGAAGAUGGAAUUGUUGAACCAGCAGAAGGAGCAGUGUUGACAGAAGCGCAACAAAAAAGACUUGAUGAACAGAAAUUGAAAAACUACCUCUUCCAAGCAAUUGAUUGA